GCGGCGCAUGCUCGGGAGGCGCCGGCCCCGCGGGUCUCAGCCCGGCUCGGCGGGAACAAAGGCUGCCCCGCGCCGCCCGCGGGCGAUGCUGUGGCCCCGUUGCCUGUGGAUUAUGGGUACAACUGCCAGCACGGCUCAACAGACUGUCUCAGCAGCUACGUUUGAGAACGUUCACGGCAACGGGACCAUGGACGACCGUCGCUCUCUUAGCAUCCACUCCUUCCAGACGGUUGGUCUUCACAACAGCAAAGCAAAGUCCAUCAUCACCAACAAAGUGGCACCAGUAGUUAUUACUUACAACUGCAAAGAGGAAUUCCAGAUUCAUGAUGACCUACUCAAGGCCAACUACGCAGUGGGUCGGAUUUCGGAAACCACUCCAGAACACUACCUUGUACAAGGGAAAUAUUUUAUGGUCAGAGAUGUAUACAGUAAGUUAGAUGUACUGAACACUACUAGUAGUUGUGGAGCUCCGAAUUUCCGACAGGCAAGAGGAGGGUAUGCAGUGUUUGGAAUGGGACAGCCCAGCCUCGAUGGAUUCAAGCAAGUGAUGCAGAAACUCCAGAAUGAUGGGCACAAGGAGUGCAUCUUCUUUUGUGUUCGUGAGGAGCCUGUGGUAUUUCUACGCAUGGAAAAUGAUUUUGUACCCUACACACCCAGAGGAAAGGAGAACUUGCAUGAAAAUCUGCACAGUCUGCAGAGAGGGGUCAAAGUGGAAAACUUGGAGCUUGCAACCCGGAAAGAGAUACAUGACUUUGCCCAGCUGAGUGAGAACACGUACUAUGUCUAUAAUGAUAUUGAACAUUUCAAAGAUGAGCCGCAUUCUGUGAGCAUCCAUUGUGAAGAGGACAUCCAUGUGACAGAAGAAGUAUACAAGAGGCCUGUUUUUCUGCUGCCAUCUUACAGGUACUGUCGUCUGCCUUUGCCUGUGGAUGGGGCGCCUCUUGAAGCACAGUUUGAUGUUUUCAUCAAUUUCCUCAGGGAGAGUCCAAACCUGCUCCUGCUUCGGGACCCUGGCAAACCACCUCCUGCUUUACUUUUCAGCUGCCAAACUGGAGUGGGCAGGACCAACUUAGCCAUGGUCUUAGGCACUCUUGUGCUCUAUCACCUCAAGGUACCGCAAAAGCCAGACCUUCCUCAUCCUGCUAGAACUUCACCAAGGGAUCGAUUUCAGGUUAUUCAAAACUUUAUUGACAUGGUACCAAAAGGCCAACAAAUAGUAGAGGAGGUGGACAGUGCCAUCACCUUCUGCUCUGAAAUGCAUGACAUGAGAGAAGCCAUCUAUGAAUAUAAGAAGAAAUUGGAAGGGAUUGGAGAAGAUUACCAAAUUCAGGGGAAUAGCACAAAAGAAUAUUUUCUUCAAAGGACUUUGCAGUGCCUUGAACGCUAUUUCUACUUGAUUGCCUUCAACUACUACCUUCAUGAGCAGUACCCCAUGGCCUUCGCCCUUGACUUCAGCAGAUGGAUGUGUAGACACCCAGAAUUGUAUAGGCUGCAGGUGAACAUGAACCUGUCAGAGCUCACUGUGACAGGGGAGCUGAUAACAAAGGGGAUACGAGUACUGGUGGUAGAUGAGCGCUUUUCCCCAGAUGUGCUCAGUACUGUGAAGGAGAUGAACGUAGCCAACUUCAGGAGGGUUCCUAAAAUGCCUGUGUAUGGGACAGCACAGCCCAACUCCAAGGCCAUUGGGAAAGUCCUGAGCUACUUAACUGAUGCAAAGAGGAAGUACUCCCACAUCUUGUGGAUAAACCUCCGUGAAGAAGUAGUGCUGGAAGGGAAUGAACAAACCUAUACCCUCAGGGAACCUGGGAAUCUUGAACAACAGAUUACAGUCCCUGUAAGAAUGCCUGAACAACUAGAGAAACUAGAGUGCACCCUGAAGAAUGACAUGCUGAAGUCCCAGAAGUGGCUGGAGGUGUAUCUGGAGCAGGAAAAACAGAUGAAGACAUUUAAGACUUGCCUGACCAUACAGGAGAUAUUUAAUCAACACAAAAGCACAUGCCAGGGACUGAUGUACAAACGGAUCCCAAUCCCAGACUUCUGUGCUCCCAAGGAGCAGGAUUUUGAUCAGCUGCUGGAUGCAAUGAAGAGUGCAUUGGCUGAAGAUUCCCACACGGCCUUUGUGUUCAACUGCCACAGUGGCAGAGGGAGAACCACCACAGCCAUGGUUAUUGCUGUCCUCACACUUUGGCACUUCAAUGGUAUUCCUGAGGUGAGCGAGGAUGAAAUUGUUAGUGUGCCUGAUGCAAAGUAUACCAAAGGGGAAUUUGAGGUAGUGAUGAAGGUGGUCCAGCUUUUGCCAGAGGGUCACAGAAUAAAGAAGGAGGUAGAUAUGGCACUGGAUACUGUGAGUGAGACCAUGACACCUAUGCAUUAUCACCUGAGAGAAAUCAUCGUGUGCACAUACAGGCAGGGGAAAACAGCUAAGGAAGAGAAAGAAAUGAGAACAUUGCAGCUGAGGAGCCUACAGUACUUGGAACGAUAUAUCUGUCUGAUCCUGUUCAAUGCAUACCUGCAUCUGGAGAAAAAGGACUCUUGGCAGAGGCCAUUUAGUGUUUGGAUGUAUGAGGUCCAUUGAGGCCAGUUUCAGAGCUUUCAGGCCUAUUUUCAACCACAUAUUGAAGACUACUUAUGCUCUCUCUGAAAUUGUGCAUCUUUUACAACUCAAUCAAGUGGUGAAUGCAGAAGCCCAAUCAUCAAGACUCCUGGCAGAAGAGAUCAAACAGGUUUUUGAACAUCUCUCAAACAAAUUCCUCAAGUGCAGAUUCAUUUCUCUAGUACAUGUUCCCAGUGAAAUUCUGAGCUUCACAGGAGAUAGGGAAAAGCUUUCUUGGUUGUCAUCUGACUUUUUUUUUUUUUUAGGCAGUGUUAAAUAGAUAAGAGUAUGUGUUUCAGUCUGGAAACUAAAGAUUUGUCUUCACUUUUUUGCCUGUGUUUGUUCUCAAUCUUUUUAUACUACAGGCACCCCUCCAUAAGUUUUCUGAAUUGAGUGGCACCCAGUUAAAAAAAUCUAAUUGAUAGAUUACUGUGUUUACCUCCUUGCAGAGGGACCUGGCAGUGGGCAUGGCAGAACAGCCAGGUGAGCCUGAGCCUGCUCUUAUCUGCUUAGUUUACUUGCUGAUCUCCUAACACCUCACAUCACCCUUCAAAAAAUCUAGAGGCACCCCAGAUUGAGAAUUGCUGCCUUAGGCUAAUGUACUCUACCUAUCCCAAAGCAAACGUUUUAUCAUGGAGUUAAGUUUUCCAAGGUUAACCCCAGAUGUGUUACCAGAUUUGCGCAUUACUUUGGGGUGUGCUCAUUUAUUAGGGAUAUGUUUCUAGGGUCUUGGUAAUUCUGUCAAUGUGCUGCUUGUGUUACCUGUGUUUCAAUACGGAGCUCUAUCUCCCUUCUGCAAGUCCUCACCCCCAAUGGAGCUAUCUUGCAGGACUUAGUUUCAAUGGGGCUGGGUUCCUCCAGUCACCAAAUCAGUCAUACACACAAACACACACAAAUUAACAUGACACGCCUGACCUGGCCGGGUUGAUCAGCAUGGACAGGCUGACACCCUCAUAUGCCAAGAAUCAGUUCAUCAGAGCAACAAUAAGCUGCAGUCAGACACAAGCACACAGGUAAACAGAAUCCCUCUGAAUCCAGCUGGGUGUCCAGCUGACACCCUCAUGGGCCAGCAUUCAGUUCAUAAGGGCAUGUCUGAGUUAAACUGGGUCAAUCAGCCUGUACAAGCUGAUCCCCUUAUGUGUUUCAAGCUCAGCACGUCCCAAUCUUUGGCCUCUUGAUGAGCAGACGCCACAGUAUUUUUGGGCUUCACAGGGAUCUUUAGCUUAGGUAAAAGAAGUGUUGCUGCGGAGCUCAGGAGGAAAGAGAAGCAGAGAAGGAAAAAUAUAUGCAGUUACUACCAGUUUGACUAUAAAAGUUAUUUAUUGCUAAGCAUAUGAAAUAUAUAAUGGUACUAGUAGUAAUAGACAUGCAAAAGAAAAAACAAACAAACACAAACAAUUACAAUACUACCCUGGUUUCACUAAGUACAAUGAGGAAACUUAGCUCAAGCUUAACUAAUACAGUUCAGGUUCAGAAAUUUAUGCCUAGAGAGAAAAGAGAGAGAGAGCGCUGGGAUCUCACCAGUCCAAGGUACUCGGGCUGCAAAGCUGACAGGCACAGGCCAUAGCACAGUCCUUGAAGAGAGAGACGAUCUGUUCUUCCAGCGUCCCAAGAACAACAGGGGAUGGUGUCAGCACAGGAGUUUUCUUCUUGAAGUGCACACACUGCUGCUUUUUUACAGAUUUUUAUACCCUCAGUUCAGCUUUUUCAAAGCAUUCUCAAUAGUGCAAAUCAUUGUCUUUUCUCUUGACACGGGGUUAUCUGGUUUGGAACAUCUCAAGAAACUGAUUGAUAAUCAGGAAACGCAUAAGGUUAGGGAGUAACCAGAUACUUGGGAGCCAGCUUGAAAUUCCUAUGGAUAGUAGAUAUACUGAUGGGAUAUCUCAUGGUUUCUUCAGAAACAACAGAUAGCUUGCAGCAUCAGGAUUUUGGAUUUUUACUUGUUGUGAACAAGCCUCAGCUUAGCAUGACUUUUCCAGAUCUUACUAUAGUCUUUUAACAGACUUAAGACCAUUAUUGGGGUUCUCGUAACCCUUUUUGGAGAGGACUUCUACCAGUCCUCUCGGAAAAAGAAUGGCAACACCUGUGAUUAGGGCUCUAACGGGUUGGAUGCUGUGAUGAACCCCUUUACCAUUGUUGAAAUGUUGCCCAUACCCCCUCUGACUCGGUCUCUUGCCUCAGCAUUCCCUAACCUGGGAACCGAGUUUUAGUCAAUCAAGUUUAAAUAGGCCUCCCAUAGUGGGACCGGAGAAUGUACGGCCCAAGAUGUAAGUGUGAAGGCACUUUCCAGUGAAAACGAGCCUUGCCAUUUUCACGCUUGGCUUCCUGGAAGGAGGUGGCAGCAUAGGAGCCAGGGCUCUUCAUUCAUUGUUCUGCUGUGAAUUGAAGACAUCUAAGGGGAGGAGAGGAAGGGCAGGGAAUCCUGUCACCACACCUCUCUUCAUAUCCAGGCAGAUCUGCUCUCAUCCUGGUACAGCACAGAGAACUCUCUGUUGCCACCUAUAAAAAAAAAAAAAAAAAAAAAGAAAAGAAAACCGAUUUGUUCCCUGUCAAGCAAGAAGAGGUCUUAACUGGCAUUGUGCUACUGCAUCCCAGACACUGUCACCUGGAGGACAAUGGGAGGAAGAUGGACAAGAAAGGUUAGGGAAUGAAACUGCAAAUUUAGGAUUGCCUAUCUGUCCAGGUCCAUGUUAGCCAUGACAUUUCUAGGCCAGGUGCAGUCACUGAAGGCAAAUGUCUCAUAUGAUAAUUAGAAAUGCAAAGCUCUAGAACUUUUGCUGCAGAGAUUAUGCCUUUUAUUAGACCAACUAAGAAAUCGCAGAAGAAAAAAUUUUUCUGCAAGCUUUCAGGCACACACGCCCUUCCUCAGGCUCAGGGAAAAUUAAAGAUGGUAAAAAGUUCCCAUAAGUAGAAGAAGGGCAUCUGUGCCCAAAAGCUUGCAGAAAAAGAUAUUUUUUUUUUGUGAUUCCUUAGUUGGUCUAAUAAAAGGUAUCAUCUCUGAUGGAAGGAACCCACAGCAAUCUCUCUGCCCCUUGCUGAACAGUGAUAGUCAGCAGGGCGGUUGAGGCUCAGCAGGAUGCUUCCAAGGGGAUGCUUCUGCACACACCCUGUCUUCCCCCAAUUUUCAGAACUACCCUGAGGCAGGGAGGAGUGGAAAUAAGGCAUCUCUAACACACUCUCCCUUGUCUGUAGGAUGAAUGGACAAAUUACAAACUCUCCUUUCUAUUACAAAGUCCUGAAUUGCAGGCAGCUGGUUCCUAUGGCCCUGGUUCAUACCUAGCACUGUGUCUGGUAUGCCAAGGCUGCUUCUUAUCACUUUUUCCACAUCUUAUCAUUUCUGACACAUCAGUUUUCAUGUCUUCUUCCAGACAACACAAGUGCAGCCUGCAGCAGGCAAGUCUUUGCUAAAACCUGAGAGCAGAGUGGGAAGCUUCUGGACAGACCUACCCCUUGUGUUCAGGUCAGAACUGUUUAACAAGACAGCAACAUUAAUUUGCUCAUGUCAUCUACUGCUUUGUAACCCAGACUGAAGUUUUCCUGAAUAUGCUACAUAGGCUUCUUGAAAUUCUGGAAGCUGGUAAUGGAAACAAUGCACAGUCUUUAAGGGAGACUGAGAUAUAUUAUAUAACAUAUUAACCACUGACUUUACUAUGAUACAAGAGAAGAACAAUUCAUUAAAGUCGGGAUUCAAAACCCUGUGCAGUCAAUAGAAAGAUUUCCAUUGAUUUCAGUGAGUUUUGAAUCAGACCCUAACUGGUUGUGAAUCUGAAAUGUAUUGAAAUAACAGACAGACAACAAGCAGCAGCUGCCAACUUUGCAACAUCUGAGGGAAUUCAGAUCCCAUUAAAAAUCACUGAAAAUCCCUAGAUCCAAGGGUCCAUUCUGAGACAGUUAUUUGUGUAUUGUAAUUUAAAAUGCUUUGGGAAGGCACAAUACAAUUUACAUUGUAGACCAGUGUAGCCAAGUGAUUUUUUUAUGUCCAAGAGCAUCUUUUAGCUGCCUAUCGCAUUAAGGCAAGUUGCUGCAACUUUCCUUUGAAAAAAGUGGCUCAAAUAAUGUUACUAUGGUAAAAAUCUUUGCUUUAAGAAACAUCCAUCGGGGUAUGACUGUUUACCUGAAGGGUUUUACUCGAAAGCAAUGUGUGUGUGGGCGACAAUUAGGUUAGAAUGACCUCCCUGCUCUUAAGUACACAUUUAAAGAAGUCACUAAGUGUGAUACAGGCAUUGACAGCUAGUGUAAAUCUAGCAGCAUAAUUGUGGUACAUGAGGCAUCUAUGAAAGACUGAAUUGAUCCUGAGAAAUCUCAGGACAUAUCUUGGUCUCAAGAUCACUGAUCAUCCAAUGAGAGAUCUUUUGCUUGUGAGAUAAUACAUUCAGUCUAAUAUUUGCUUGGAUUGGUAUGGGUGUCAUUUUGCAAACACUGCUCUGAAUGAUUCAAGUCUAACGAAGUCCAUUAGCAGUCUUUUUUAUGCAACUAAAUUUUGCUUUCCCCUUCUCCCCCAGCCCACCCUGAUCCUGUAUUUGAGUACAGCUCUCCAGCUCUGAGUGUCAGUGUGUUGGCUACAGAUGUCCAGUAGGUUACUUCUUGCAUGACUAACUGAGCCUUUGGUCUGCUGACCCUGAACCCAGUUUUCUGGAUCAGAGCCAGCACCCUCCCCGUACGUUCCUUCACCUCCUGCUCCUGAUCUCCCCAUACCAAUAUGUCAUCUAUGUAAGAGACCACCCGUUCCUGAUCGGGUCCAGCUAACCUCUGGAGCAUGGAUACAACAUGGUGGUGGGCUAUAGCUGGGGCAUUGUGAAACCCCUGUGGGACCUGGGUAAAGGUGUACUGUUUCCCUUUAAAGGUGAAAGGGAAUCGGCUCCAUGACUCGGGGUGCAGGGGGAUUGCAAAGAAGCAGUUGGCUAGGUCUAUUACAGAAAACCAUUGGGGACUCUCUUGUACCCUGCUAAGCAUGGCAGGCAUGUUAGCCACUAUAGGAGCCAUGGGGCGAGUCCCCUUGUUAAUGGCUCGAUAGUCAACAGUUAGCCUCCACGAUACCCGGUCCGCUUUUAGGACAGGCCAUAUGGGGGAAUUAAAUUCUGAAUUGGUUUCAAUCAACACUCCCUGCUGCAGUAGGUCUGUGAUAAUUUAUUGUAUGGCUUCCUCUGCUUGCUUGGGGAAGCUAUACUGUAUUUGAGGAGGCACUGGAUCCCCUAUGAUCUUAAUGCAGGCGUUGAUCUGGCCACAGUCACUUUUGCUCCUAGCCCAUACAUUAGGGAACUGCUGCACCCACUCAUCCCCCGAGUCAAAGUCAAUGGCUCCAACCCCCUUACACCGUUCCCACCUCCAAUAUGGGUUUGUCUCACAAGGCUCCCAGGGGUCAGCUGUCUGUGCUCGCCAUACAACUCUGUUGGCUAGAUCCAGGAUCCAGCCUUCCCGGUUGAACAAGGGGGCUCCCAGAAUCAACUGUUCAGAGGAGCCCUCUUGUUGAACUCCAUCUAUAUUAAUCUCUUGGGGCUCCUCUGGAAAUUGGAUGCAGGUGGUUACCCCUGUGCACACCACCCCGGUGGACUCCUGCCCUGUAAAGGACUGGAGUGUAAUUCGAUCUGUUUCAAAUUGCUUCAGGUCCUGUUUCCUCCCAAAUACAUUUAGCACAGCUCCGGUGUCCAGGAGCACACUGGUAUGCCCUUGAGUUCCCACCGUAACAGGUAUUCGAGGUCUCCCUCCUGGAUCCCAAUCGAAGGUCCCCAAUUUCUCCCAUGAGCCAGGGCUUUGCUCAGGGGUCCAAUUACGGGGGCUCCAUCAGUGCUCCUUGGAGACCGGGGCUGAGGCUGCUACCCUGUUAGAAUGGGGAGGUGCUGCUCCCUCCCCGAUCAGCUCUGCCAUUCGGAUAAGCAGCUCGGCUAGAGGCUUUCCAUGCCAUUUCCCUUUCAGUUCCCCAUGCUGAAUUAAAAACUUCCACACUGCUGACCGAAUCCCGUUUUCCCCCUCUCUUUCCUUUGAUACCCUCGGGUUAACCCAGUGUGGGCUGGGGCGAUAAUUUGGACCCCCAACCCCCCUAUCAGUUUUGGGGUAUGCACUUCCAUUAGAAUAGGUAACCAUAUAAUUCGGUGUGUCAUUAAGUUUUUCUCUGAACUGGGUGGCUGCAUUCGCCCCCCCCUUGAUGUCCAAUUAACCUCUCUGCAUCCUGAGCCCGGAAUAGGACUUCUCCCAGCACAUAUCUCCCAGUCUCUCGGAGUGGCCCCAUCAGUCCAGUUAUGGACUGAUGCAUGCCUUCCUGUACCUCCUUCCAAAACCCAGGAGGGUAAUCUAUACUUCUUAUGUCCGAUGUCCUUUUGUUCUCCUUGUCUAGGGGCAGAACCAUCCCUGACAGCAAUCCCAACAUAACACACCAGAUCACAUAGUCCCUAACAGGUUCCCCAGGUGUUUGGUGGCUAGCCCCAAACUGUCCCUUGAAUGUCUUUCUCCCCAAACCGAUCCUCAAACCCACUGUGCUCCAGAGAAUAUUGUCUCCCCGAAAGCUGUCCUCCUGAUCCAUAGGUGCCUGAAUCUCUGGGGUGGUGCAAGCCCUUAGUAGGCGGUGCUAUUCCCAGACACUCAGGGUUUCAUACUCCACUACGUUGAGGGAUUUCUGCAACCACUGUCCCAAAUUCCUAACGUUAGCAGAUCCCAGGGUCUUGCCCAGGGCUGCUAGAUCAGCUCCACUGAGGGGGACCGUUACCUGUGUGGUUUCUGUGGGUUUUCCCUGAGCAUCCCGAGUGACCGAGGUCCGCGUGAUUGCGCUCACCUCGGGCACCAGGGUCUUUUCCUGAUCUGACUUAGGGUCUUCAGGAAAGGGAUCCCCUGCAUCCUCUGGAUCUCCCCACGUCUCCCCACGCCAAAUCUCUCCUGGAUUGAAGGGGAUGUCUGGAUCCCUGGCUUGGUCUCCCUGGAUGACAGCUGCUACUUGCAGGCUGCGCUCCUGGAGUUCGUUUUUCAAAUGGUUAAUGUUAUUUAGACAGGGGCCGUGGUUGACUUUGGCUCCCUUCUCGGCUUGGUCUUUAGCUAUUGUCUUUACCAAUUUUUGCAAGGCUUCUUGGCUAGCCUUUUCUUGGUCCAAUAAUUCCAAAUGUUGGGCAUUGUCUUGAUUUAUUUUUCUCAAUUGCUCAUUUUCAUUUUCCAAGUUCUGAGACAACCCCUUUAGAGUCUGAUUACUGGUUUCCAAUUGGACACAUUUACCUUUAUGAUUUGAUUUGCUCCUCCUUUUCCUCAAUUUCAGAGGCUCACUGAGCUUUUUCCUCAACUGCUGUUUUUACAGCAUGCCACAGUAGCCAGACCAAGGCACUGUGUUGCCUUUGAACUGAGGGUUUUUCACAAAGGCAAAAUCUUUCAAAUUGGGAUUCAAUGUCCCCUAUGGAAAAGCCUGAGGUGUACACAUCCUCCCUCCAUGGGUUGGGUCCACCCUUCAGAAUCUCCCUAUGGAGAGGGGAAAUUUCCUCCUUCCGUACCCACUUAUCUUCUUGGCCUCCUGCUCCAAUCUUAGGGGUUUUUUUCCUAAACAAAGACAUUUUCCUCAACUUGCCUCAAGCCUGUCAGUUUCCUUGAGCCCUUACGCUCCCAACUGACUCUGCCCCUGCCCCUGCAGUUCUACAACCAAAUCCCAUCCUUGGGAUAUGCCCACCCACUUAGGUGACAACUAAAUCCAGACCCUCCUUGGGUCUGCCCACCCCCUUGGGUGACUUCUAAAUCCAGACCCUCCUUGAGUCUGCCCACCCCCUUGGGUGAGUCUAAAUCCUAGCCCACCCCCUUGGAUGACUAUUGCCCAUCCACCUCCGUGGACAUGGGUUCUAUCUGGAGACACGGUCUCCCCAGUUACCAAUCUGCUAAUAAUCCUAGAAUAGUGCCUGUGUUCUCCACCAAAUAAUGUUGGCUACAAAUGUCUAACUCGGGAUCCUUAAAUUCUGGUUUAUUAGGUGGAUUGAAACACUGUAAUGAAGUUCAAUCAUAAACCUUGGGGCUGCCCCCCCCUCCCCCCCCACACACAUGCACACACGCAGUAGCAAGCUACAAGAGUCGGGUAUACCUAUCCUACAAGCGCUGGAGUCUGCCGUCGAUGACCAGUCGAGGCUUCUUUCAGCGUGGUGUUAUCCUCCAGAAGGGGGUUGCUGGCUGGUCCUUCUGGCUGGACAGGUUGGGUGCUGGUCAAGUUGGAGAUCAAGAGGGCGCCACAGAGGGUCACUUUUCACUGCUUUUUUAUCUGUCCUUGGCAGACUUUGGUGACUCCCCAGUUUUCAGGUUUGCCCAAUCCAGGGGUCGUUGACCCUUGUGGGACUUCCCCCCUCGGUGGCUACUGGAUGGCAUCUGUCAGCCCCAGGGGUCAUCCGCAUGUACGUGCAGGUUUGGGAGUCCGUUGAUGAAUUUUGAAUAGGGCUCUGGGAGCGGUCGAUCUGGAGAUAUUCAGCCCAAAAGUUGGUCCCCGGCAUUGAUUAACUCAGGCCAGGGCUUCUAGCUCUUGAUCAGUGACGUUUAGAGAUGUCCCAGUUGUUACAUUGUCUUCUAUUGAUUUCUUCCGUUGGUUGAUCUGCGGUUUCCCUAGGUGUUAAUUGCUGUCUGCUACUGUGUUACACAUUCAAUCACUGAUUCACUCACUCUUUCAGGGGCCCGCCUGAUACAGGGAAGCAGCAGUUUGACUCCUGUCCUUGUUAACAUUGUUACUAAACACAUUUACAGUUGAAAGUUGAAAGGUGAGGAGUAUAAAAUUUAAGCUACAAAUGCCAUGGCACACAAAUAGAUAAAAAUACCAAAAUACAUGAGGAGAUACAAAAUGCACACAUACAAAUUUUAAAACACAAUUCCUUAUCUUAUAGUGAAAGAAAGAGGAAGGAAGCAAAGGUAGAAGAGGAAAAACAUAUUCAAAGAGGGGAGAGCAAAUGCAGGCAAGAGGAAAAAGGGGCUUUCUUCUACAAGUGCACUGUAUUGUUUAGAAGUUUGGAGUGGACAUGAGAAGACCUGAAUUCUGUUUCAAUUUUGCCACUGGUGGACCAUAAGCUCAAUGGAUAGGGAGCUUAGAUAGGUAAUAAGACACUGCUUGUUAUAGACUUCCCAAGGGGGUGGUGCAGUCCUCAACCUUGGAAGUCUUCAAGAGGAGAAUGAACAAACACCUUGCUAGGAUCAUUAGAUCUCAACGGUAUUCCUGCCCAGAGUAGGGGAUUUGGACUCUAUGAUCUUCCAAGGUCCCUUCCAGCCCUUAAUUUCUAUGAUGUUAUGAUUCUAUACAAUAUACAAAGGAAUCUCAGGAGGUUCAGCAAGGACAAGUGUAAAGUCCUGCCCUUAGGACCAUGAACAACGUGUGCACCUGGCAGCUGGGGGGCACAGGUGCGAUGGUGGUGGUGGGAGCGUGAAGGAGGUAAGUGCGGAGCUCCUGCAGAUGCUACUGGCACUGUUGGCAGCAGGGGGGCAGCAGUGAGUGCCAACGAGAGGUCAGCAACCACCAGCAGGCACUGUCGGCAGCGCCUUUUUGUAGGGGGUGCACUGCCACGCACAGGCGGUGCACCCCCUAUGCGUCACCCCUGCUUAGGACAGAACAGUCCCAUGCACCAGUACACGCUGGGGGCUGACUGGCUGGGCAGCAGCUCCGGAGAAAAGGCCCUGGGAGUUAUAGUGGACAAUAAGCUGAAUAUGAGCCGACAGUGUGCCCUUGUUGCCAAGAAGGCUAACAGCAUACUGAGCUGCAUUGUUACUUGUGUUGCUAGCAGGUCAAGGGAAGUGAUUAUUCCCCUCUAUUCAGCACUGGUGAGGCCGCAUUUGGAGUACUGUGUUCGGUUUUGAGGCCCCCACUACAGAAAGGAUGUAGGCAAAUUGGAGAGAAUCCAGUGGAGGGCAACAAAGAUGGUGUGGGGGCUGGGGCACAUGACUUCUGAGGAGAGGAUGAGGGAAUUGAGCUUAUUUAGUCUAAUGAAGAGAAGACUGAGAGGGGACUUUAUAGCAGUCUUUAACCACGUGAAGGGGUAUUUGAAAGAGGUUGGAGCUAGACAGUUUUCAGUGGUGGCAGAUGACUGAACAAGAAGCAACAGUCUCAAGUUGCAGCAAGGGAAGUUUAAGUUAGGUAUUAGGAAGAAUUUUUUCAUUAGAAGGGUAGUGAAAUACUGGGACAGGUUACUCAGAGAGGUUGUGGACUCUUCAUCCUUGCUGGUUUUUAAGACCUGGCUUUACAAAGCCUUGGUUGGGAUGAUCUAGUUGGGGAUGGUCCUGCUUUGUUUGUAAGCUACUAACUGAUCUUCUUUCAGACACGAAACUAAAACCAGCAGCAUAGCGGCUGCUGCUGCUGCAAUGGAGGAGAUUGACCUGAAUUUCCUUCUCAUCAUCUUUUAACAAAUGAAAGUAUUUAGUCAGAGCUAAUGAGCAUGUCUGAGCAGUAGGGGUCUCAGGACAAUGCACUGAUCUCUCAUUCAGUGACCACAAACUCUUGAAGGUCCUUGUGUUACUGUCUUCAGCCAACACCACCCUCUCUGUUAACUGCAGUUUGACUAUUUUUAAUUUUUCAUGAGCAUUGCUUUAAUGGUGCCAGAGAACCCUUCCAUGGAUUUUUAUAGUACUAUCAUGGGAUUCUGACAGACAGACAUACAGGUCCCCGCCUCACUCAUGGUGCUUUACAUAAAGUGCCAUGAGUUAGAGCUGUCCACCUGACCCAUGAGUUAGAGCUUCUUGGGUUGCUGGGGGAGGAUCAAGCUUCACUUUGGAGCCAAUCAAGCCUGAGGAGCCUGCCUGCAGCCUCUGUCCCCUAGCUCCACCCUCCUUCCCAACUCUGGUGCUGUCUGCAUGAAGGAAGAGGAGAAGUGAGCUGUGGGUUGGAGUUUGCCUGGCCUGAGUUGAGGAGGCUGGGGGGGGGGGGGCAUAAGGGGGCUCCAAUCCACUCACUCCCCCCACCCCCAAGCUCAGGAGGAGCAAAUCCCAGCCCACAGUUCACUCCCCUUCCCCUCUCCCUUCCUGCAGACAGCACUGGGAGCAGGACUGAGCUGAUGCAGCCCAGCCCCAAUCAUGCAAUGUGUUGACCUCAGGGAGCAGACGUUCUCUAAGUCACUCCAAAGUGGAGUGCUUUCAUCUGAUCCUUCACUAGAUAAGGGUUAAUUUGUUGCACAAUGGGCUACUUUUAAAGUGCUCUGAAGCUGUGCACAUGUGGCACAGCAGGGCUGGGGAGUGCUUUCAGGGUUCUGAUUGCAUGACAAAUGUAACUUCUGUCCAUGCCCAUGCAUAUGACUUAUCCAUUCAGCCACUGUCUUUAUUUUAUAUGUCACCAGCACUAACCAUCAACGUGAUGGUGGCAUAAACAGUUCUGAUGGGAGGGGUUUCCAUUCCUCUCUCUUUUCUUUUUUUGUGUUAAAUUUGGAGGUCUAGAAAAGUAGUUCAUAACUGCUGGUUGGUGGAAAACAAAAUUUAUCUGAUGUGCUCUCUGAGCUCUUGUUUGCAUACACUUAGGCCAUGGUUUGCUUAAUUUUGGUUUUGCCAUUUCAAGUGUAAUAGAGGCUGUUUGUCAUGCUCUGUCUACACUCCAGUAAGCUGGCUUCUUGUGUGGUGUGAUUGGCAUGGAGAUAAUAAAUGACCUGAGGUGGUGGGGGCCGCCUGCAGCUAGGGAAGAGGAGGCGAAUGUAUAUACAGCUAACUGACUGUUAGAUAUGUGGGAGGGUAUAAAAGGCAACCUUGUCUUACUGAGAUAUAUAAAAAUGAUGUCAAAUAUAUUUAUUGGAGGGCUGAAGCUUCAUGUAGCAUUCACAUGAUCUAGUUUGCCAUAUAUUGGCUUAAUUGUACUCCUUUCUUUCUUUUUUUGUCUUUCCACCACUCACUGGUUACCCUGACCAUUAAAUGGAAAAGUGUGGCUGCAGUUUUGUCAUGUCUGCCUGUUGUUAGGCUAGUGAGGAUGAGACAAACCCCCCCCACCAAGUCUGUUGUCCUCUCCAGUGCUAAGAACUUCCCCCACUGUGUGUUUUUAUUAGCCAGGGAAUGUGUCAUUCUUGAUGAUUUGCUUCAAGGCUCUUUGUCUGGCUUCUUGCUUCUGAUUCACUAGUUAUGACAUACUGACCUCUGUGUUGGAGGAAACAGUAGAAGAAUUGUCCAGUUGCUUAUAACAGCUUUUUAUUGCUGGCAUAAGUUUAAAUAAUUUAAAGCAGUGAAUAAACAUGCAAAUAAAUCAAAUUAUUUUGAACUCUA